AUGGCCUCCACUCGUGUCCUUGCCUCUCGCCUGGCUUCGUCCAUGGCUGCUUCGACCACCAAGGUCGCUCGCCCUGCCAUGCGCCUGCAGGCUGCCGCUUCCAAGCGCACCAUCACUGGAAUCAACACAGGCAUGACCAAGGCCAGCCCCCUUCAGACCCUGAAGCGCCAGCAGGCCCCCUCCACCAUCCUGGCCUCCAGCAAGGCUUUCCAGGUCUCUUCCCGCCGCAUGUACAGCUCUGAGAUCGCUCAGGCUAUGGUCGAGGUCUCCAAGAACCUGGGUAUGGGUUCCGCUGCCAUCGGUCUGACUGGUGCCGGUAUCGGUAUCGGUCUCGUCUUCGCCGCCCUCCUGAACGGUGUUGCCCGCAACCCUGCCCUCCGUGGCCAGCUCUUCUCCUACGCCAUUCUGGGUUUCGCCUUCGUCGAGGCCAUUGGUCUUUUCGACCUCAUGGUUGCCCUCAUGGCCAAGUUCGUAAGUGCCACCGUGGUCCCGUCUCUGCCCAAAAAUGGCUCAUUCGACUAA